CUUUGUCCAGAUUACUUACACGUGUCUUAUGUGGACGGCUCAAGAUGUCGAGCAUGAGAUUAUUACACGUAGCACAGGCUAAAUGACUAUUUUAUCCUUCGUGGGAUUGAAAACAGUUUGCAACUUUGUAUCGUUUCAUUUUUUUUCUAGGGUUUGCUCGUUCUCUCUGUCCGCUCUGUUCUCUAGUGGAAGAAAUUAGGGUUUGGGUCAGUUUUCAGCGGGAUUUUGCUUAGGUUUAGUGUCUGAGUAAAGGGUUGGGGAGCGAUCGAGAUUCAGAAAAAGAAGGGGAAGGACAAGCAGCAGAUAUGGUAUGAUUGCAAACCCUAAUUUCGUUUUUCUGAGUUGAAUUAGGGGUUUUCUCUUAGGUUUCUGUUUCUCUUUCUUGUACUUUUUUUCUCUUGCUCUAUGUCCGCUCUGUUCUCUAGUGGAAGAAAUUAGGGUUUGGGUCAGUUUUCAGCGGGAUUUUGCUUAGGUUUAGUGUCUGAGUAAAGGGUUGGGGAGCUGAAGAUGAAGAAGAAUAAGGGGAAGCACAAGCAGCGGAUAUGUGACCAUACAUAUUAUCCAUAUAGAGAUAUCAGUGUGUUUGUUGUGAAUAGUAAACUUAAUUUGCUAUUCCCUCACAUGGAUAGAGAUAGAAUUGACCUUAAGGAAUUUGAGAAGAUGUUGCGUGUUAAGUUGCAUCUUGAUGAAACAGAAAUUCCAAAUUUAUAUUGGACCAUAGACCCAUGUCUGCCUGAGUAUUUGGUUACAAAUGAAGACUUGUUUAAGUUUUGGGAGCAUGCUGUACCUGAUGAUAAAGGGUUCAUAUGUUUACAAAUGAGUGUAAUGAAUUCAGAAUUUAGGAAUGACAAUGACUUCAUUAAGGAUGCAAUGGAACAACCAGUAGUAACAAUUGAUGAGACUCCUAAGAAGGCACCUAAGAGGAUUGCUAAGAAGCCAGUUUCAAAGGAAAAGUCAGUAAAGAUAUCACCUACAAGGAGAUCACCAAGGUUGCAUGCUCAAUCAAAGAAUGAAAACUCAAAUGGAGGAGCAUCUAGGAAGUUGUUGUUCAUGGAUCUGUUAAAUGAAGUGGAAUCUCAGGGUUUUUCUUGCCUAAGUCAAGCCACUGUUGUUGGUUCUAGCAGUACACCAGUUGAUAGCUUUAAUCAUGAUUACUGGGUUGAUGAAGUAAACAACACUGCUGCAGGGGAUAACACUGAUGCAGGGGAUAAGACUGAUGCAGGGGAUAAGGCUAAUGCAGGGGAUAAGACUGAUACAGGGGAUAAGACUGAUGCAGGGGAUAAGGCUAAUGCAGGGGAUAAGACUGAUACAGGGGAUAAGACUGAUGCAGGGGACAAUAGUGAUGGUGAUGAUGAGGACAAUGUGGUGCUAGAGAACACUACUGUAGAUGAAUGUCACCCCAUUGAAGACCCAAAUGCUCCAUAUUUCUCAUUUCUUUUAGGGUUAGGGUUUCAUUUCUUUACUUUAACUUUCUCAUUCCUUUUCUCUUCUUCUUAUCUUAAUUGGCAGGCAUCCAUGGACAUCAACUUAAAGCCUCCUCCUUAUCAAAGAAAAACUGGAAGACCAGCAAAGAAGAGGAAGAGGAGCUAUGAUGAACCUGAAACUGUGGUGAAGAAAAGGAAAUGUGGAAAGUGUGGAUCUACUGCUGGUCAUAAUAAGAGAACCUGUGCUGGUGGUGAUGUUGGUAAAAACCCAACUGGAUUCAUGCCAAGCACCGAGUAUGAUGCUGCAAACUGCACCUUCACUAGUAGAGAUCAUCCUGAAAGUAGCAGUGCAAGGGGUAAAGCAAAGGUGAACAAAUCCAGAGGUACAUCUUCAUUUGUUGGUGAGUCAACAGGACCUAAAAACUUUGGAAGAGCACCAACAGAACCUAGCACCCAUGGAUCUACACAAGAUGUUCUGAAUUUCAGUCAGAACUUUACUGGUAUUGGAUCUGUUAGUCAACAUAUUCCUGUCACAAAGGGAAAGCAAAGCAAGGCUAAGAAGAAGUAG